AUGCCACGAUUACCCUCAAGCCAACAAACACAACGACCACGGCAGCGACAACAACGCGCUUCGCAGGUGCCAGUGGCGGGACGUCGUUCUUCACGGACUUCAACAAACACCGCCGCUGCUGCGACGGCCGCAUCUUCUUCUCGCGCUGCGGUUGCCGCUGUGUAUUGGCAGCUUGUUGGCACUUCUGCGCCUCUUUACUACGGCCCGCUUGGUGACACUGUUGGAGAAGUGCAGCAGGGGACUGUUAUUCGUGAGCUGCACCGCUGCAGAGAUCCCUUCGGCAGCUGUUGGAUAUCAUCACUAUCGUCUGAUGGUGAUAUUGUGUGGAUACGUCUCUCUAAUGAACAAGUGGAGGAAGGAAAGAGUCCUGACACGGUAUGGCAAAGAGUGUAUGAUGAACGAUCUGUACAGGAUGAAGGGAUACAAAAUAGAAGUAUGGAGGAUGAAGGAGUUUUCCAUCGUACACGCAUUUCUGCAGCGACAAAUACGAAAAAACUUCCAUCAUUGGAUUUAAUGACCCAUGAUAUUCAGAUUUUGGAAGAUUGUUGGAAAGAUAUAACUGCCAAGAAGACUAUGGGUCGUGAUUGGAACGCUGAAUAUCAGGGACUCGUAGAUUUGGUUCUUUUUGGUGAAUGGGAGAAAAGUGUUUCCGCUACGAAACAGUUAUCUGAGUUUAUGUCUGAUUUUUCAAAAGCAGCGGAAGAUGUGGCACUUGUUGUUCUCGCGGAUAUGCUCCGCCCUGCCUCUGAACGAGUGGCAAAGAGUGUCCAACAGGGUACAAUGGGAACCUUUCUCCAUCAUAAUCUUCUUGUAAAGUGUGUGAUUAAUGACGGUAGUGGAAACUUUAAGAGCGAUGCACACGCAUGGAGUCUGGCAUCACAGUACAUGAAAGGGCAACAACUUCUUGCGAUGGAAGGACCUAAGCGUUUGCUUUAUACUGUACCAACUACUCUUGUUACUUUUACAGGGUUUCGUUUUCUUGUUUCAGCUGUUCCUCCUAUUAUGGCGAAGAAUUUGGUUUAUUUACCCUUGCAGGAACGAAGUCAGGGGUUUCAAGUUUCAGAGGCUGUCAAGACACAAGUAAUGGAUCUGGCUCUAGCUAUUGGUUUAAAGCCACAUAAAGUAAAGAGAAGUACAGGAGAUGAGAUGACAAUUACACUUCCUGUAGAUAUGGCUAUUGUGGCAGGUCAAGAUAGGAGAUUAUAUGUGAUCAGCAAUUCAUCCUUACUACCACCCAUUGCUACUAUUGGAGGUGUAAUAAAUGGAAAUAAUGAAACAGGAGAUUUACGUUUUCGACCAGAGUUUCUACUAUCAUGGCGUAAACCUUUAAACUGUGAUGCUUUCAUAGAAGAAGCAUCAUCAUCUGAAGAUAAUGCUGAAGUUAUUGAAGCUACAGAAUACUUGCGAGAUGAACUGAUUCCAGCUAUUGCUUCAAUGAUUGGUUUUCAUUCCCCUAUUGAUCUCCCCCGACAAGAUGUAGAUAAUUGUACCUUGUGCUCUCGAACAAUGGAAAAUGAAUUACGGUUUGUUGUCUGUCAUAAUGUUGAAAAGUGCUGUCGUAUUUGUUCUCAUUGUUAUACGAAACGUUUGUCUGAGAUUGAAGGGAAAGAUGAAAUAAAGAAACAACAUCCUAAUAUAGAUCUUUUUCGGGAUGCUGUGAAGUGUGAAUCAACACCACGUGGUUCAAAAGGUCUAUUGCUUGAACCAUCUUUGACCUCAAUAUUUCAUGCGAAUGGACUUAAUAUGCGAUUCUUACCAUUUGUUUAUCAUCGUAUCCCACAUGUGGCUCGUUCUGCUGUUGCCCAUUAUUGUGAAAUUGAAAUGAUUGCACGUGCUGCAGUCUCUCUCCUUAGAGAAAAACUCCGCCGCAGUGCACAAACUAUAGAAGAGGUGAAAACUAUUUGUCAUGAUUUUCUCAUGGGAUUACUUCAAUCUUCUGGAAGUGUACCAGAGCGUUUCUGGGCACGAGAGUUAGGCCCAAUGAUGGAAACUCUAUACGGACUGCGAGGACCCUUUAACACGGCUGAGAUGGAUAUUGAACUUCUCUAUCAUCGCAUCUCUCAACUCUCUGGUAUUCGUCUUGAGGAGGGGAGUGCCGCAUCAUUUUUCGCUGAGAGGCCGUAUCUACAACUGGCCGCAGUGGAUACAAUAGUGAAGACAGUGCAACCACCAUAUAUAGCAGAUGCGGAUGCACAUGGAAAAACACGAGGUUUAUUAAUGCAGCGUUUGGAGCAAAUACUGUUAUUCUGGAUUGGAUGUUCAACAAGUGCAGAUGAUACUGGUAAAAAUACACCAGUGCAACCCUUUUACAUGACCGAACGCGAUAGUUGGAUGUGA